AUGCAACUGAUAUACGAAACGCGCGGGGCGAAUGCGGAAGCCCUCGCCUAUGUCCGCAAGGAAUCCCUAGACAUCUACAAUCGGCUGCACUCCAUCGCAGAGGAUGUACAUUUCGUCCAGCAAGUCCACGAAGCAUAUCCAGAUAUCCCGAUCCUACCAAACCUGCGCUGCGGGGCUUGGUAUGUCAACCCAGCGAUCGCGACGAAUGAGCCGGUCUACUUCAAGUCCACCGACGGGCACUUCGGGAAUUGGAACUUCAAUCUGAGACGUCCCAACCUUCAUCUGCUCCCACUUAUCAUCUCCAGCAACGGGAUCGUUCUCGUGGAUUCUACCCGGGCUGGGAAACGCAUCCCUGAUGCGCUCUCCAAGACAAUCCCCACCUGGUGCGCAGUCCUCAAUCGCGCGUUGGCCAAAGCGCACCCUGAGAAGAAAGACUGGGACGUCAAGCUCUACUGCCCUCCAGGCGCUGUCAGUGAGCAGGAGCGCUCGCAGAUUGAAGUCAAACUUGACCAAUGGGCGGAUGUGCUACUGGCAUCUGCAUACACGCUCCCGGAUCUGCCACUUCCCCUUAGGCCGUUGUGGAUCACCCCGUCGACCUCGGUGUUUCCUCGCUUUCCCGCGAAGGAGAAGAUGCAGUACCUCCCGAUCAUCUGCGUCUCCGCAUCGAAGCAGGUAGCGGACGGCGUGGAGAGACGCUCAAACGGAUUCUCGUAUGUCCAAGGAUCCGGCGAUGAUCACGAGCUCUGGGGCAUGGGCUUGACGCCGCAGCUGUUCUGGGAGAACCAAGAUGUACUACUCGAAUCAGACAGGGAUGAACUUCCCACCGUAGUCGAAGACGUGCUGGCGAAAGCGAAGUCCCGUAACAUCAGCGACACCUGGACGAGCCUGCCCACUCCAGUAAUCGCCUGCGGCGGAAGGUUAUUGAUUGGAGCAGAGCCCGACAUGCCUUCCGAGCCGCCCACCACUUUGUCUGGGGUGAAUGGCUCAGUCUCCUACGUCGUCAUCUCAGCAAACGCCCCGCCACCUCAGGAAGGCGACCCUCAGCCACUCGUGGCGGCGCAUAUACUCCGACUCCGGAUGGCCGAGGGGAAGAAGGACCAGCUACACUUCCUGCAGAGCAUCCUGCCGGAGUCCACGCGGUACAUAAAGGAGCGGUUGUCCGUCGGAGAUGCUAUAUGCGUCUGCUGCGACUCGGGGAAAGACGCGAGCGUCGGUGUCGCGCUUGCUGCACUCCAGCUCUUCUUCGAUGACGAAGGGACGCCGCAGGUUCGGGGAGAUGGCAUCGUCUCACCAGUUAACCCAAGCAAAGCCUCUAUCAAGACGCGCCUCCAGUGGAUCAUCUCCAGUAGACCCCACGCGAACCCCUCGCGCGUCACACUCCGGCGUGUGAACGAGUUCCUCCUCUCCUCGCCGUCUUUCCGCCGAAGAUGA